CUGGCCGUGGCUCAGUGACGUCAGCGCGUUGUGUUUUUCUGCUUCGCGGUUCGGUCCCUCUCUCUCGCCGUAGAUCGAAGUCUGUACACUUUACUGCUGCUGUUUGGGUUUUGUGCUUUAAAAUCAGCGCGUCUCAUUUCCGGACAGUUAAAUGACAAGCUGUUCGUCAGUAAACGAUUGGUGCUAUGUGGGCGUGGACGUGGGCAGCGGCAGCGUUCGAGCCGCGCUGGUUUCCCGCGACGGCCGUGUUACAGCCACAGCCGAGGAGCCCAUACACAUCUGGCAGCCUCAGAAAGACUAUUACGAACAAUCUUCAGACGACAUCUGGAGGAAAUGCUGCAGCACAGUGAAGAAAGUGACGGAAGGCAUCAUGAAGGAGCGUGUGAGAGGGAUCGGGUUCGAUGCCACGUGCUCGUUGGUGGUUCUGGACCAGAACUUUCAGCCCGUAGCUGUUAAUAAAGAUGGUGUCAAGGAGAGGAACGUGGUGAUGUGGAUGGACCACAGAGCAAUGGAGCAAGCGGCUCGCAUCACAGCCACGGCUCACCGAGUCCUGAGCGCCGUCGGCGGCGUGAUGUCUCCCGAAAUGCAGCCGCCCAAGUUACUGUGGCUGAAAGAGAAUCUGAGGAAAAGCUGCUGGAAGGAAGCCGCACACUUCUUCGACCUGCCAGACUAUUUGUCCUGGAAGGCAACAGGUUCGUUAGUAAGAUCACUGUGCACUGUGGUGUGUAAGUGGACUUAUUCUCCGCUAGACGGCUGGGACGACAGUUUCUGGACCACCGUCGGUCUCGAGGACUUGAUUGAGGACAAUCAUUCAAAAAUCGGAGAGCGGACGUGUUGUCCCGGCAGCCCGGUCGGAGGAGGACUGACUCCGGAGGCAGCUGCAGAUUUAGGUCUGGAGCCGGAAACACCUGUGGGAGCGUCUCUGAUCGAUGCCCACGCAGGAGGACUGGGUGUUAUUGGAGCGGAUGUAAGCGGCCAUCACCUGCCGUGUGAAAAUCAGCCAAUCACAUCACGCAUUGCUCUGAUCUGUGGAACAUCGUCCUGUCACAUGGCUGUGAGCCAGAAGCCUCUGUUUGUUCCAGGUGUGUGGGGUCCGUACCUGUCCGCCAUGGUACCAGACCUGUGGCUAAAUGAAGGCGGUCAGAGCGCUACAGGACAACUGAUUGAUCAUGUGGUGACAGGACACGCUGCUUUCUCUCAGUUAAAAGAGCGAGCAGAGAAAAGUGGAGUGAAUAUUUACUCUUUCCUGAACGGCUAUCUGAAGGAAAUGGCCAAAGACCUGAAGGACCUGGACGAACUGACCGCCGGCCUGCACGUGUGGCCCGAUUUCCACGGCAACCGGUCUCCUCUCGCCGACCAGAGCUUAAAGGGCAUGGUUAUUGGACUGUCUUUGUCUCAGACGCUGGACGACUUGGCUCUUCUUUACCUCGCUACUCUACAAGCUAUUGCUCUUGGCACCAGACACAUCCUGGAUGCAAUGCGAGAAGCAGGACAUGACAUCACUGCCUUGUUCCUGUGUGGAGGGCUCAGUAAGAACUCUCUGUUCGUGCAGAUGCACGCCAACGUUACAGGUUUGCCGAUCGUCCUGCCUGCAGAGAGAGAGGCUGUGUUGGUGGGUGCUGCAGUUCUGGGGGCCUGCGCCUCACGGGACUACACCUCCAUUCAGGAAGCUAUGGAGAAAAUGGCCAAAAUAGGAAAAGUGGUUCGACCUAACCUCAAGCUCGAGAGCAAAACUGCCCACUGUUCUUCAGAAAAAUCCUCCAGCUCCUGCACAUUGUUUGCUUUUCCAGCAUCUUCUGCAUAUUUGACUCCUUUCCAACAGCAGCUAUAUGAUGCUGAGAUCCAUCUUUUCACACUGAGGACAACCGAGAGACUCGAACACAACUAUUACAAAAGCUUUUACAGGAAGAAGUACGCCGUGUUCCUGCGGCUGUUCGCCCAUCAGAGAGAGUACGCAGCGCUGAUGAGCGACUGCCCCAAUGACGUGUUCUCUCCUCUCAGGAAGUGAAAGUCUGGCCUGGUGAACAGACAGCUACGGUUUCCUCUGUGGGCAUCGGAUGUGUGGCUGUGCUGCUUCUGGUGCUGCUCGAUUCUUCUCUCGAACACGAAACCCUUACGUGUUAGAAACCCGAAUUUGUAUCGUGAUGACGGUCAGAUUAUGAUGUUUGAUAAUCGGUGAAGAUGUUCAGUGAAAUCCUGCAAGCUCAGCUCUCAGCUUGGUGAAUAAUGCUGACGGAAGCAGAGAGAUGUGUGUGUUGUGUGGUGUGUGCGUGUGUGUGUGUGUGUGUGUGUCUAAACUGACAGGCUCAAAGCCACAAAGCCAUCCAGUAUUCUGUAGAGGCCUGCAUGAAUCCCCCAAAAGCUGAGUGAGCGAUCUGUUUCAAACACAGUGAUGGAAACUUUGAGCAAUGACACAACACCAUGCACAUCUUCACUCACUUCCCUACAGAGCGCUGAUCCACACACACAUCCUCUCAGGAGCGUAUUUUUAAUUUUAUUUUAAUUCGUUUUAUUUAAUUUUUUGCUUGACCUAACAACACUACUUUGUAAUUACUACAUUUUUGUUUGUUUCCGAAGUCAUCCUGAAGAACAGAAGUUCUCAUUUAUACUGCUUUACACAUGCACUACUUAAGAUUUAAGUACAGUAAUAAUUAAAAUGUAUAUGAGUAUGUUUUAAUACUGACUGAUAUUUAAAGAUGCAUACAGAAAUGUAAAAAAGAGAAUCAAGCGUUUGUAAUAAUUAAAACGAGAACAUAAGAGCAA